AUGCUGGACGUCGUGUCGCCCGAUGUGUUGUAUGGGGAGGCCAGGGUCUUGCACCAUCGGUUGUGCUUGAGGUGUGGCAUGAUCUAUCGUCACCAGAGAACGCAUGCCUGCAGUGAAGAAAAGGCCUUAACCAAGUACGAAUUGGGGAAGAAGAGGCCGCACUACAAGGCCACGGAGGAAGUCAAGCGGCGUAAGGUCUCGCGGGUGUUUGACGAUGAGCACGAGAAUUGUCUGGGAAGGGCUUUGUACCGGGCGCUGAAGGGGUUGGGGUUGGAAGUGGCGGCUGAAGGAGGGUACGAGAAAUCCUUGCAGGAUUGGUACGGCGAGAUGGGCAUGGAGGACACCUGGGAUCAAGCGUGUGGGUUGGACGACGUCAAGCGGUGGUGUGCGAGCAUUAACGAGGGGUAUGCGAUGGAUGAGGAACACGGAUUCGAGUUGUGCGUGUACGACGAGAAGAACCGGUACGUGGUAGCCUCGUUUGGGAGCAGCACGGGAAAACGCGAUGGCACGUUGACCUCCAUUUACUUGAAUUGGAUGGACGAACACUUUACUUGGAUCGAGUCCAUGGCAGGGUGGUUGGGACGGGUGUACUUCUGCACACACUGCAAUAAGGCGUACAGCAAUAAAGAAACGCACAAGUGUGUACGUCCUUGCUUGCGGUGUGGGGAAGAACGGAACGACCACUACGUCAAGUAUUCUAAUCAGCGCAUCACGUGCGACGCAUGUCACGUGGGGUUUUGGUCCAGCGUGUGUUACCGUUCGCACCUGAUGCGACGUCGCAAGGGGUCGUUGGCCUAUACCACCUGUGAACGACGGUACGUGUGUCGUGAGUGCAAGACUACCGUGGAUCGAAUGCGCUACGAUCGAAAGACCAAGGUGUGGUAUAUGGUCGACGAUCACGUCUGCUACGAAUACGAUUGUUUGGUGUGUCGGGAGAAGAAAGUAAAGCGAGGAGAACACUUGUGCUACGUGAAGGGAGUGAGCAGCGAUCCUACGGAGGGUAGUGCUCGACCCAAGAAGAAGAAGAACGAAAAACGCAAAUUCUUCCUAGCGUUUUUUGACUUUGAGGCUCGGUGCCUGGAGGAACGUCACGUGGUGAAAAAAGUGGUAGUGCUGCUGACGUGCCACGAAUGCGUAUCUCACGUGGAGGAGUACCGCACGCGAGGAUGCACGGGAACGUGCGGCCGACAACGGAUGUUCACGUUUGACGAUGCCUCGACCUUCAUGGAUUGGUUGUUGGGGCCUAAGCGCGACGUGCAUGCCUUGUACACGUUUAUGGCCCACAACCUCAAGGGAUACGACUCGUACCCUAUCUUGGAGGAGUGCGUCAAGCGAGGCAUCAAGCCCAAGUGCGUGUACCAAGGGAGUAAGGUCAUUACCAUGACGCUGGAAGGAAUCGUGUUUAAAGAUUCGGUGUGCUUUAUUCCCAUGGCGCUACGCAAGUUCCCGGCCACCUUUGGAACGUCGGGAGGCGAUAAGGGCCAUUUUCCUCAUUUUUUUAAUACGUUGGAAAAUACGCAGUACGAAGGCCCUUACCCCGCUCCCGAGUAUUACGGCGUGAACGACAUGGACGUCCGCGAGAAGGAGAAGUUUAUGGAGUGGUGGCACGAGCAAGAAGGCAAGACGUUUGUCAUGAAGAAGGAAAUCGAGAAGUAUUGCAUCCAAGACGUGAUGGUCAUGGCCCGGGGGUGUCUAAAGUUUCGGGAGCUUUACGUCGACAAGUUCGACGUGGACCCCUUUGCCGAGUGCGUCACCAUUGCCUCGACCUGCCUGACGGUCUUCAAGAAGAACUUCUUGGAAUCGGAAGUGAUGGGCGUCGUGCCGCCKUUGGGGUAUCGUCAGCGGGACAUCCAGUCGGUUCAAGCCCUGGAGUGGUUGCACUCGUUGGGCCUGCCUGAACUGCUUUGGGCCGGAAGCACGCUGGGCGAGAUUACCUUGCAAGGCAGCAAGGUGGACGGGUACGAUCGUCGAACCAACACCGUGUAUCAAUUUCACGGUUGUUUCUACCACGGGUGCGAAGUGUGCUUCAGGCGAAGUCAAGUUCAUGCUCAUCUGGGGGUGACCAUGGGCGAUCUGUGCGACAAGACGCGGGAGAGAACGUUGGAACUGCGUACCGCGGGGCAUCACGUCGUGGAAAUGUGGAGUCACGUGUGGGAUGCGGAACGUGAAUAUCACGUGUUCCCCGAGUGGAUCAAGAACUUGGACCCCAUACAGCCUCGCGAAGCGUUGAUGGGAGGACGCACCAACGCCGUGGGUCUCUACGCGUACUGCGAGGGGAAGGUGCACGUCGACGAGUCGGACGACGAGGCCAUGGCCUUGAUGUUGUGCUCGGAUCCCGUGCAUCGCAUACGGUACGUGGACGUGGUGUCGCUGUACCCUACGGUGAUGUGGGAGGCAGAGUACCCCAUAGGCCACCCCAUGGUGUACUUGGGCGAAGACUUAGAUAUGGACCCCGAGGAGAUAGCCGAUUGCAUCCUGGACGAGGAGUGGUUUGGCUUGGUCAAGUGCGACGUCGACCCUCCCCGUGGAUUGUUCUUCCCCGUGCUUUCGCGCAUCGCCGACCACAAGUUGAUGUUCACGCUGUGUGCGGCCUGCUGUGACGAAAAGGACGUGGACGAGGACGGAGAGUGCACGCACACCAUAGAAGAGCGUCGCUUGCGGCACGGCGUGUGGACGACCCCCGAAUUGAAAGAAGCGCUGAACCAGGGGUACGAAGUGGCUCAAGUUCACGAAGUAUGGCACUACCCCGAACGCAGCAGCGAUCUGUUUCAAUCGUACAUUCGUGAAAAUUUGAAGAUGAAGAUGGAGGCGUCGGGGUGGCCGUCCGAUUGCGAUACGGAAGAAAAAAAGAGGGAGUUCAUGCGGUCCGUGAAGACCAGCCAAGGCAUUGAUCUUCAGUACGAGAACGUCGUAAAAAAUCCGGGUCUGCGUUCGGUGGCCAAGUUGAACCUGAAUUCGUUGUGGGGCAAGUUCGGACAGAAUCCGUUUCGCGGUAAGGUGGAGUACAUCACGGAACCUUGCCGCUUCUUCGAACUGCUGCACGACGAUACGGUUAACGUCAAGACGGUGCUGCUGUUGACGGGCGACAUGGUGCAAGUCAACUACGACGUGCACCGCGAGUCCACGGCGUGCAACCCCAACGGCAACGUCGUCAUCCCGGCGUUCGUGACGGCCUGGGCCCGUUUGCGGUUGUACGACAAGUUGAGUGCUUUGGGGGAUCGCGUGCUGUACCACGACACGGAUUCCAUCAUCUACAAGACGGUGCGGGAAGGAGACGACGAACUGGACACGGGGGAUCAGCUGGGGCAAUGGUCGGACGAAUGCGGCGAUUCGGAAACCAACUGGAUCGUGGAAUACGUCUCCUUGGGCCCCAAGACGUACGCGUACCGUACCAAAAAGGGCGAGUGCGUCGUGAAGUGCAAGGGCAUCAGUUUGACCCCCUGUGCUAAGGAACUGGUCCACCUGAAGAGCAUGAAACGUCUGCUCGUCCAGGAGAAUGAAAAGGUAACGGUGGGUUACCCACGCAAGAUCGUGAGGGACAGCGCGCACAAAGUACUGAGAACGGUGCCCAUGGACAAGGACGUUCGCUUGGUCUAUACCAAGCGACAACGUAUUGAUCAAGGACUGACCACGUUGCCUUAUGGUUAUUAA